AUGUGUCCUGCUCUGCUGCCGUUUGCAAAUGGUGACCGCCGGCUGGAAUUCGGUGACGGAACCGGUUAUGGGACAGUGUUCCGUUUUGAGUGUCGCCCCGGAUACCGACGUGAAGGUGCAGCUACACUACUAUGUAAAACAGAUGGACAGUGGUCAUUUGAGCAGCCGAAAUGCAUCAAGUUGACAUGCUCUUCCUUACCAAAAAUCGCUAAUGGACGCUUGAGUUUGCCGCAACCUUUCCAGUUUGGUGAUUCGGCUCGUGUCCAUUGUGAUGCAGGAUUUCGAGCCGAUGGACCGGAAGAGGUGAAAUGCUUGGCCAACCAGUCGUUGUCGACGGUGCCGUCAUGUCGUGAUGUAAACGAAUGUGCUGAAGGCUUGGCCCAGUGCCAAGAAGCUUCGACGAAAUGUGUGAAUCUACCUGGAGGAUACACCUGCCAAUGUUUGAGCGGCUUCCAGCCGCAGUUAGUUUGCCCAUCACCAUCGGCUUUGAUCGUGUCAUCGCUAAUCACUUCAUCCGAAUCUGUACCGCCCACGACACUGUCGACAGCUGGUUGGUGCGCAAAUAAGUCAGAUAACCUGAAAUCUGUUACGUUACACUUCACUGUUCCGAAAGUUAUUGAAAAGAUAAGGUUCGAAAAGAUGGCUGAGGGAGAAGUAACUUCGAUCCGUAUCCGCUACAGCGAAGAAGAGGGGCUGCCACUUCGUGAAUUAUCGGUCGAUGGAAAGAAUGAGUUCGCUGUAAACAGCGCUUCGUCCUCUGGUGAAGUUUUCGACCUCCCCUACUCAAUCGAAUCUCGCAUACUCGAGGUUUCCGUGGCUUCGUUCAAGUCAGGGGCAUGUAUGAAGAUUGAGCUCCUUGGAUGUCAGAAGUCGUCGUGUGCUGAUGUGAACGAAUGUAUGAAGUAUAACGGUCAUUGUGACCAAAUAUGUGUUAACAAGCAAGGAUCAUAUAAGGUGUGUGCGCCGUUUCUUCUACCACAUUUUGGCUCUGUUUUCCUCGAAAAUUAA